UCUUUUUUGUCCUUCUUUAUUAAAACAAAACUUGAAGAACUAAUUAAUGACUUUCUACAUAAAAGACGUAAUGAAAAAAAUCUAGUGGUGACGGUCCUAUUACCAUCUGAAGAUAAUUUUUUAACUUUAUAUAUAAUCACAUCAUCUUUUGAAAUCGUUGUGAUGGCGACCGCCGCCACUUGUUCCCCUGGCUCCAUCCUUGAGUUCCACCCAUUAUCUCUAUUGGUUCAUCUAUUUUGCCUGAAUGGUGUCCCCUUAUGAGGCCUAUGCUUAAAACAAUAUCAGAGUGGUAAUAGUACUAAUCAAGUGUUCAACAGUCUGGCAAUCUCAAAAUAAACUCAAGCUGUCCUCUAAAGUGAACAUCAUUAUCACCAUGGAAUUUUUUAUACUUGGGAUUGAGUGGCUGAACAUGGGAAAUGAGAUGGGCAACAUCAAUGUUUCUGGAAUGAAAGAAGAAGAGAAUAAUACAGCAGUUAAAGCUCAAGAAGAUUCAUCCCAGCAUGCCAAUCAAGGAGACGAUGAAUGUGGAGAAGAUCAAAUAAAUGAAGAAGGUGAGGGGAAAGAUUUUCAUGAAAAAGUUGAAGGGUUGUAUUCCGAUUACUCACCGGAGGGUGGAAAUCCGCCUGUGGCCAAACAAACAUUGGAUGGCGAAGCAAAGGAGGUAGAGGGAAUUAAUACAACUUUGGCCACAGAAUCCGAGCCACAUACUGCAGAACCUCUUGAAUCUAAGUCCAACAAUCAAGAUGAACAUAGUGAAGCUCAAAUGGAGCUACUGCAAGGACAUGAGGGGUCUCCCUCGUGUCCAACAGAGGCCAACGAAAAUUUGUUAGGAACUGAAGAAAAUCAAAAUCUGGAUGAAACUUCUGUUUCGGAUGCUAAUAUCGACCAAACAACAUCCCAAGGAAAGUUACUAGGCACAAGAAUCACCAAGGAUCAAUGCGAAACUGGGACUGAAGAUGAGUUGGAGAAUGGCUUUGACAGCAAAUGCAGUCAAGAAAUUCCAAUUGAGGUGAAUUUAAGUAGGAAUGGUUCCUCAAAUAAAAGACAAAUCCUUGAAGAAGAAGCCAUUUAUCAGGGAACUUUAUCAAACACCGUUGAAAAAGUUCCUCAAAUACAAGACAUAGCACUAGGGAACGAAAACAAGGAAACGAUUGAGAGUGAGUCGGAAAAUGAGGACACAAAACAAGCUGUUGGUGAAUCAAAUACCGAUGAGGUCAAUUCUCCUCAAUCUGAAUUGGUGAUGGUUGGCUAUGAUAGUAGAAAUGGAAAGGAAAGCGUGGAAAGUAGAGAGUUAACUGAAAUAACUCCUAUUAUGAAAACAGUGCCAACAGAAUUACCUACUACACAAUGCAACCAUGAAGAAGAAGAAGAAGAACAAACAGAACAAACAGAGGAGAAAAUCAUCGAAGCAAUAGAAGAGAAAAAGGAAAAUUUUAUGGCAGUGGGAAUUAUCACAGAAGCAAGAGAAAAACCAAAACUGGACACUGGAAUUUUCCAGAGUGCCGGUAAUGAAGCAGUAGAUAUUGCUGUUGCUGAGCUUAGAACAUCGCCAAGAUUUAAUUUUGAUCUCUCAAUGAAAGCAAGGUUUGAAGAAUCUGAUCAAAGUCCUUUACUGCACAACAACAAGACUCGAACCAGAAGCCUGUCAAUACUCAAUGGUGCUACCAGCUUUGGAAACCCGAUACAGGAUCAGGCAGUUUCAGCAGAAGACAAAAGCAUAGGAGUGGAAAGAAGCGAUUUGGAUAGGUCAAGAGCUCCGUUUCUGAUUUUCUUGGUGACAGACGAGGAAAAGGGAAAUGUCGCCGAAAAACUAAAGAAACAAGAUUGUGAAAACAAAGGGGUGGAAGAAUCUUGGACCGUAACAAGUAAGGAAGUUGCAUUGAUAAUUGGGAGUGGGAAGCGUAAGCCCCGACCCUUCCUCUUCGCCUGCAUCCGUCGUGCUGCUGCAAUCAACUAAAAAACACUCAUCGAAAUAGUAAGUACCAUUUUACAUCUCCAAUUUUGCUUUAAAAAACUUUUUGGUUCAUUUGUCUCGCUAGCUUUAAGCAUUUUGCAAUGGUUAGUACAUUGGUGAGAGCAGCAAAAGAAAUGAGUACGUGGUUUAAGGUUUGCUAAUUAUGAAUCUAUGGGAGGAAUUUACUUUCCUUGCUUUCAUGUUGUUCUUUUGGUGUUCAUUGUUUGUUCGUUUGAUUGACUAAAAUCUGUAUGAGCUUGGCAAUUGGACGGAAAAUUGUACUUUCGGUGAGUUGAAUCAAAGUUUGUAAGAACUUCUUGGAGU